AUGGGGGUGCCGUCCUUGCUGCUCUGCAGGAUGUCCAUCGCGCUUCCACUUUUCGUCGGAGCAGGUGCGUGCCACCACACUGAUAUGCAUUAUGAGACAAUUGCAGUGGACCAACCUUUUGCUUUCAAUUGCUCAUACCCUCCAAUAACUAAUGGGGCAGCAAGUGUGAGGUGGUAUGCUGCCAGCAAAAUCCCAGUAUCCAAAGACAUACAGCACAGGAUUCAUCAAGAACAGACCUGGAUUUUAUUUCUGCCCUUGAACUUGGGGGACUCAGGAAUCUAUUAUUGUGUUGUAAAGUCUAGAGACAGUUGUUACAGAAUACCUAUGAACCUAACCGUUUUUGUAAAACAUUGGUGUGACACUUCUAGAAGGACUCCAGAAAAUUUACCAGAUGAGUACCAACAAAUAUUACAUAUGGGAAAAUCUGGGAGCCUGACAUGUCAUCUGCUGUUCCCAGAUAGUUUGGUUUUGCACUCAAUAAAGUGGUAUAAGGGCUGUAAAGAAAUUGAACCAAGUGGGGACCAAUUUAAUCUUCAGGGACAGAAGCUUUAUGUGAACAAUGUCUCUCCAGAGGACAAGGGGAACUAUGCUUGCAGUGUCACACUGAAUCACACAGGGAAACAGUACAAAGUUUUAAAUAGCAUCUCCGUGAGCAUCAAAAGAGCUGGAAGUGGAGGAAGAAUCCCUAAAAUCAUUUAUCCAGAAAACAACUCCAUUGAAGUGAAACUAGGAUCCCCCCUCAUUGUGGACUGCAAAAUAACUGACACAAAGGAGAAUACAAACCUACGAUGCUGGAGAGUCAACAGCACUCUGGUGGAUGAUUACUACAACAACACCAAACGCAUCAGAGAAGGAAUCGAGACCAAUGUUUCUUUUAAGGACCACAUUUUUUAUACAGUAAACAUAACCUUCUUAGAAGUGAAAAUGGAAGAUUAUGGCAUUCCUUUCGUGUGUCACGCUGGAGUGUCUGCUGCAUACGUUGUGUUAACGCUCCCAGCUCCAGAUUUUCGGGCUUACUUGAUAGGAGGGCUUAUCACCUUGGCAGUUUUGGUGGUGUCUGUUGUGUGCAUCUACAACAAUUUUAAGAUCGACAUCGUACUUUGGUAUCGAAGUGCCUUACAUUCUACUAGGGCCAUAGAAGACAGGAAGCUGUAUGACGCCUAUGUCUUAUAUCCCAAGCCUCAAAAAGAAAGCCAGAACCAUGAUGUGGCAACACUGGUGUUGAAGCUCCUGCCUGAGGUGCUGGAGAAGCAGUGUGGAUAUAAGUUAUUUAUAUUUGGCAGGGAUGAAUUCCCUGGACAAGCUGUGGCCAAUGUCAUUGAUGAAAACAUUAAGCUGUGUAGGAGGCUGAUUGUCAUUAUAGUUCCGGAAUCGCUGAGUUUUGGUCUGUUAAAGAACAUGUCUGAAGAACAAAUCGCAGUCUACAACGCCCUCAUCCAGGAUGGAAUGAAAGUCAUUCUGAUUGAAAUGGAGGAAAUUGAGGACUAUAGCACCAUGCCUGAGUCCAUUCAGUACAUCAGACAGAAGCAUGGGGCCAUCCAGUGGAGUGGGGACUUCACAGAACAGUCACAGUGUGCCAAGACCAAGUUUUGGAAAAAAGUGAGGUACCAUAUGCCACCCAGAAGAUACCCACCAUCUUCUCCAGUCCAGUUGCUGAGGCACACGUCCUGUGACUGCAGGGAAGGUGACACAGGGCUCAUCACCCACUGA